AUGGGGAAAUCUAUUUAUGAAAUUGUAGUUCAUUUUCCACAAUGUAAAAGGGAGUUAGGAGAUAAACCAAAAGAAAUUACUGAUUAUAAAAAUCCAACUUAUUGGGCAAAGUUAUGUAUUGAUAAUACUCAUAACCUUAAAUUAAGUCAUUUAAAUGUUCUUAAUCGUAAACCACAAGAUAUAUGUAACCAAGUAAUGGAAUACUUAGCCUAUGUAAAUGGGAGUUCUAAGGGAGAAAGUUUAAAUGAAUUCGGUUGUGAAUAUCUUUAUUAUUGGAUAUAUGUACUACUACAUCAUAAAUAUAAUACAGUUAUAACUGUACAUGUCGAUGAAGUUUACGAUGAGUUACUAAAUAUAUUUAUUAAAGGUUACAUAGAACAUUUUGUAGGUGAUAUAAAAAUAUCCAGAUGCCUUAAAGAUAGGACUAAAGAAAUUGAUUUUCCAAAAAUUAGAGCUAUAUAUGAUAUAUACCAUAAAAUAAUUACCCACACUUAUGGAAAUGUUGAAAAUUUUAAAUAUGUGGUAGACAUCAUGAAUAAACACAAUAAACAAAUAGAAUCUGUAUAUGAUGAAGUUAGUAAAUCAUCAAUAACAACUCCUUGCAAGAGUAGCAUUACAACUCCUAUUAUGAUUACAAUUUUAGUAACACUAUUAAUAUGCAUUUUUAUAUUUGUUCUGCUUAAGUUCGCCAAAUGCGGUUUAUGGAUACAACGUGCUAUGGCAUGGAAAAGAAAUCAUUGA